AUGAAAGGAGAGAAAAAACCAGAACUUUUAAUCUUGUUCUCGCCUUUGUGCUAUGUUGAUGGUUGCAGAUAUUUGGAUGGUAGCAUCACGUUUUGGUUAUUGUGCACAUGCUGCAGAUGUUUGACUGCAAUAGAUCAUGGUUUUGGUUUGGGUUUUAGCAGUGUUUUGUUUUCAUGUUACAGGUUUUGUAUUGGUACAGUGUAUUCAUUCAUGAGCUUGGUUAGGAUAUUGGUAGCAGCUGAGACGUGGUAA